GCGCGCGCUUCCGGCCCAAGCCGGAAGUCCCGACUGUGGCUGCAUCCGGGACGGCGGGCGGGCGGGCCAAACGGGACAGGAAGGCACAGAGCAUGGAGAAUGAUGAACUUCCGUCAGAGGAUGGGAUGGAUUGGAGUGGGAUUGUAUUUGUUAGCAAGUGCAGGAGCGUUUUACUAUGUUUUUGAAAUCAAUGAGACUUACAACAGGCUGGCCUUGGAACACAUUCAGCAGCACCCAGAAGAGCCCCUUGAAGGAACCACAUGGACACACUCCUUGAAAGCUCGGUUACUUUCCCUGCCUUUUUGGUUUUGGACAGUUAUUUUUCUGAUACCUUAUUUACAGAUGUUUUUGUUCCUUUAUUCUUGUACAAGAGCUGACCCCAAAACGGUGGGCUACUGCAUUAUCCCCAUAUGCUUGGCAGUCAUUUGCAAUCGCCACCAGGCAUUUGUCAAGGCUUCUAAUCAGAUCAGCAGACUACAACUGAUUGAUACGUAGAAUCGGUCACCAUUUUUUCCUUACAGUUACAAAACUGCCACUACCGUAUGGAGCCUGGUCACAAGACUGCAGUUUCUUCACAGAUCUCAGGAAGUUGUGGUGGGGCAGAGGCUUUCUAAAAAGUGUGACUAGGGGCCUAUCUUUAUCUGAAUAAUAAUGAAUUUUUAAGUUGAAGCCUGAGAUACAGUACUACAAAAUCAUGUUGAUGACUUCAGAUUUUGGAAGUAAAAUCGUGUCUGUUAUUUGCAUUCUUUAGAAACUUGAAUAAGUACCUGAACUCCUAUUUUUAUUCUACUGUGCAACAUAGUGAUGAUUCAUAAAUUUUUCCUUUGGGGGAAAAAAUGAGUAUGAACAUUUCCAUUGUGCUUAAUGUAAAGAGGUCCAAACAUGGUCAUAAAGUUUAAAUUUUAUACAAUUAACUUGGCUUGCUUUAGAAUUCUUCAAACUAAAACACCAGUUCAGCGUGUUGUAACUAAGCCAACUAUUUCUGCUUGCUUGCUACCAGUUUGUGAGAAAUUGGUAUAAAAUUACUGAGGUGAUGGCUGUCUUGAUAAGUAAAAUUUGUGCUUCCUUUUGGUAAUGCUGUCAGCAUUAUCAGCGUUAUUAAUGCUACUAGUUUUUAAAAGAUUACUUGGGAAGAAACUAAAUGUUUGAAAGUUGAGAAAUCUUAACACAUAGAGGAUGGAAACAAGGUGUUCAGUGGAAAUAUUUAGUCUGGUCCCUGUCAGAUGUGUGACACCCUUCUAAAAUACUACCAGUUGUCAUCCUUCUGAUUUUCUUUUCUGGCCUAAGGUCCAGUCUUCAGGUCUUCAGGCAACAGGUGAUUUGCAUGAAGAUGUGAUCUGUGUGCUUCUUCCUUUGCAUUUGUACUUACUACCUCAUGUCUGGUACCAAUACAAAGAACUAAAACAUGGAAAUAUCAGAUUUUAGGAUUUUUUUUCCUUUUUUUUUUUUCUGGGCGGGAUCAAGAUGUAUUUUUAUGUAGUUGUGUCAUUAGUACCAAGGCAGUGUUUUACACUGAUAGAUUUAAAUAAUCAUAAUCUUUUUUGGUGCUUUUUCUUUUGGGCUCUGUUCUAAGAGGUUGACAGAAUUAACUCAUUUAAUCCUCUCAACAACCCUAAGAAAACAGUUAUCCAGAUUUUACAGAUAAAGCCACUGAGGUAGCGAAGUAAAGUAACUUGCUUGUUCAGGUCACACACCUGGGAAGCAGCAGAGCGAGAGGUAUGAUGCCUUUAUCCUAACCACCGACCUGCAGUGCUUUUCACAAAUGACAUGUUUCACGGUGCUGUCUGCUGGGCCCUGCCAAACGAUGGAAAUGGCAUUAUUGAAAGUUUUUUCUCGUCUGAGCUACUGACAACCUAAAAGUGUUCUAACAACCUCAGCGUUCAAGUCUGACUUGACUAGAAUGGAAGGCUGAACAUUCCACAGCAAGCUUUACUUGAAAGAGCAGGUACCUCUGUAACACAAAAGCAGCAGGUAAUCUCCAGGUAACCUUCUCCAGGUAACCGAUCUCACUUUCCCUUUACUUCUUCCAGAGGUCUGGUGACUGAAAUGCUACAGUUUUUGAUACAAUGCUCGGACUGUCCACAGUAGUUAGCAGCUUGAAAUACCCAUUUCUGUGAGGGUCAGAUAACCAAAUCACUUGGCAUCUUUUGAGUACUUAACUAGUAGUAUGCAUAGUGCCAUCAUUGUUUUCUGAGUGAUUUCCAUCUUUCUUCACAACAGGCUAUGAGGCAGGUACGCGCUGGUACUAGUGCCAUUUUGCAGAAGAGGAAGUACAGGAAUUAAUAACUUGCCCGUGGUCACACAGCAAGGACGUGGAAAAGCCAGGAUUUGAACUCAGGAUGUCUGGCUUCAGAUCCCCCGGCCCUAUCACCUCGUUAUACUGCUUUGCAGAAGAAAGGAUAAUUUGAGGAGAAUCACUGAGCAGUUUCUGAUUUGAUUUGAUUAGUUAUGAGGCAGUGGUAGUUUGAAAAUGAUUGAUUUAAGAAAAUUAUUUCAAUUUUUAAAAUUUCAUAAAUGGUUGAUAUAAUGCAAGGUUUGUGAAUCUAUCACUUGUCUUAUAAAGUAGUAAUUCUUAUUCAUUAAAGUAGACUUUAUCUUUUA